AUGGCUCGGGGGAGCAGUAUUCUGGGCUUGGAGAUUGGGGAGGGGAAUGCUGAUUGUUCUCCAUGCGAACCUUACCUAUUUGGAAAGUCGGCCGAAAAGUCGUUUCCCCAUGAGGCGUCUCGUGCACUCGGGCCUUUGGAUGAGGUCCAUAUGGACUUGUGGGGUCAUGUGCGCACUGCUUCGCUGGGAGGAGUGUUGUAUGUCCUCAGUCUCAUUGACAACUUCACUAGACGAGUUUGGUCAUUCCCCCUUCCCAACGAGGAAUUUGCCACAGUCGCCAAUGUCCUUCGCCAGUGGCAUAGGGACUUGGAGUUGGAGCGUGGGCGGAAACUUAAAGUUGUUCGCUUAGUCAGGGGUGGCGAGUUUCUGGGGGAUGCUGUGAAAUCAUGGAAGGCUGAGUUUGGCAUCAAAACUCAACUAAGCACCACGGAUACACUGCAGCAGAAUGAGGUUGUGGAGAGGUGGCACAGGACGGUGGCAGAAGGGAUCCGCACAUUGUUGGUCGACUGUGGUCUUCCUGCUCGCUUAUGGGGUGAAGCAUUGAUGUGGGUCGUGUGGGUGAAGAACAGGGUCACCCACAGUGCUUUGCCUGCCUCCAUCACCCCAAUGGAGGCGUGGUCCGGCCAAAAGCCGCAUGUGGGCAUGGCUCGGGUAUGGAGUUGCAUGGGGAGUGUCAUGUUGCAUCGGCAUGAGAAGGGUGGCAAGCUUGAUGCACGCGCUGUCAUGUGUAUCUCUGUCGGGGUGGAAAUGGAGAGCAAGGGCUGGCGCAUGCUGAACCCUUUUCUCAUGCGCAUUCACAUUGCUCGAGAUGUUGGUUUUCUUGAGAAUGUGAUGUGGAAGGAUUGGGACAAGGGCAAGGGCUUUGGGGAGCUUCUGCAAGGUGCAGCUGAGAUUUCCCAGCUCCUCCCCCUCCCACUCUCGUCACCCUCAGCAGCGGUUGAUGACGCGGACAUGCCACUUUCAUCACCACCACCGGCACCGCUGAGUGUGUUGGUGCACCAACAGCCCGCCCCUCUGCAGCAGCUCAGCGGCCCCUUGGUCAUUCAGUGGAGAUCCGCUACCCCGGCAACUUCCUCUUCCUCCUCCUCUGGUCAGCAUCCUGUCACUCUCUCUUUGAGUGCACUUAUGCCACCUGUGACUACCUCCCCACCACCGGUUACAUGGUUGCAAGUGCUUCGUAUCCAGUCUGGUAGAGGUGGUGAGGAGGUAGGGGGGGGGGUGCUGGUGUGGUUGAAGGAUGACGUGCUUGGCCAGGGAGGUGGAGGUUGUUGCACUAGCAGGUCGGUCAAGGAUGGGCGGUUGGAGAUUGGCCAGGAGAAGUAUGUCCAUGAUCUUCAGGCCAGGUUUGUUGAUCUGCUGAGAGAGACACAUAGGGUGCACACUCCCAUGUCACCCAAUGAUCUCUCUAAGAUCAUGAAAGGUACUUGGUCGAGUGAGGAAGGUGCUGCAGCUGAUGUCAAGGUGUAA